CCAAUUGUUUCUGUAUAUUUUUAAUUGGCUUAAGACUUUCAAGUGUUGCUUAUAAUCUAAGUGUGGGUGAUUUAUGAUGUAUUUUUACUCUGAUCAUUUAUUUGUGUUUAUAUGUUUUUGGACACAAUAUAUGGAAAUAUGGAGCGAGGGUUAUUGGCCUCUGUCGCGUGAUUGUAGCUAAAUUGGGUUUCAUUUGUUUUCUGGUAACGGGUUCCAUUAUGCUUGUCUUCUGCAAAAUUUAGAUGCUUUUUUGGCUUUUUGAGGAUUUGAUUUACGAGUACUGCUUUUUUUUGGAUAAUUAUUGAAUGUUGUUCAUUGAGUUUCCAUGCGAGUAAUGAUUUGGGUUCCUUUAACUGUUUGACAUUGUUUCUGUUUGGAGCAGUGGGUGUCUAGACUCUGGAUACUUUAGCUAGCAGUUGAACAAUGCUGAGGAAAAUAAUUAGUUUUUCCCCUUGCCUUGGAUCUUUAGGUUUUGAUUGUUUCUAAAAUAUUUAUUAUCUUAUAAUUUAUUCGAUCUGGUUCCUUGUAUGAUGUCAUUUCAGCUUUGAAGAACUGACAGUAAAGCAUUUUGGAAUCUUAUUUCUCUUGCCGAACUCCUAUGUCUAUAUUUCUGUACAACUCCGUACUGUGUAACCUGGGAUUACUGUUUUCUUUCACGGGAGCAUACUCUAGACAUUAAAGAGUGGAAAAGCAAAGUGAGCUGAAUAUGAAAGUGCCCAUUACAUGAUUUCCAGGACUUGCCAUAUAUUGAAUUGCUUUUGAAGCUUACAUGUUCUUUCUUACUGAAUCGGUCGCUUAGGUGAAACACAAUGGAGUUUGGAUUUUAUUCAUGCAUGCUGGAAUGUUAGAAACUGUUACUGCACUUUGGUCUAUCUUCCCUUUAUUUACAAACACUGGAGGUGCUGAAAACUCUAACAUUGGGUUUCUUAGGAAGCAUAUGGGGCCAACUCUGAAGAACGUCCUAAGCCUGGGUGACAAACAUCAGUGUUGAUGAUAUUCAUUCUGGAGAUUUCCUUUCAAAAACUAAAAUUUUUGUGGAUGGUGGGGUGGUUUUGAGACGCCGGAGAGGUGGGUUACUGGAGCUUAUGUUGGUCAUUCUGCUGUUUGCUUGAGGGAUUCUGAAGGGAAAUUUUCUUCUAUUGAGAUCUGUGAGGGAGCCAAAACCUCUAGACCUGAUGGAUAUAAAUUCAACUUAAUAAAAAUAGCAUGGGAUAUUAUCGGUUGAGAGAUUUGUUGCAUGGUUUAGAUAUUUCAUCUAUUGAGUAUCCUUCCAAAAAGGUAGCGAUUCCUCUUCCAUUACACUCAUUCGGAAGACUGGGAUCAUACAAUUUGAAAGAUUAUAGAUCAGUAAGUCCUGUGAGAAAUCUCUAUAAAGUAAAUACUGAAACUUCCAGUUAAUAGCCUGGGAAAGGUGUUGCACUUAGUGGUGGGAGAAAAUCAAUUGAUUUUUUUCUUUGUUUUCUCAUUUUUGAGGAAUAACCAUCAUAUACUGAAUACAGGAUCCCGGAAUACAUGCUUUGCUGGAAUAAACAAAUCAAUUGAAAUCCCCAAUGUAUAAACCGUCUGUCUUUGAGACUAGAGAUUCAUUCUUCAAAGACUGAAGAUCAUUCUUUUUGAAAGAUUAUAUACCAACAUAUUUGGUGAGGAAUCUCUAUAAAGUGAUAUUGAAACUUUUAGCUGAUAUCCUAAGAAGGUAUUACACUUUAUGGGGGAAAGAAUAUCAAUCGAAAUUCACUUGGCUUUCUGAGAAAUAGUCGUUAUACACGGAAUGUAGGAACAGGGAAUAUAUCCUCUGCUGGAAUAUGCAAAUUAGCUGACAGCAUAAGAAAGUGUUACACUUUGUGAGGGAAAGAAGAUCAGCUGAAAUUCGCUUGGCUUUCUGAGAAAUAGUCGUUAUACACUGAAUGUGAGAACAGGGAAUAUAUCCUCUGUUGGAAUAUGCAAAUCAGUUGAAAUCUCCAAUUCAGAAAUCAUCUAUCUUUUAGAGUAGAGCCUCAUUCUUGAACUAAUGAAUUCAAUUUUCUGUCUCAGUCAUGCAUCUACCUUAAAAUUUUGCCCAUGUUUAGAAUGUAAUUUCCCCGUUUACCCGUAUUUCUGCUGUUUGUGGUGUUGGCGUAUGGCAGGUAAUUUUGGUUCUCAUUUGACACGUGGCGUGUGGGUAUUUGCAUACCUACUUACCAAUGGGGGGAUUUGUUCCCAGACAAAGAAGAAAUGGUAAAUGCAAGAGUAGAAGAUAACCAUGUGCAACGUCAAUCCCAUCGAAUCGAUGAUUUACCAGAAUUGUUACAGAUGGUGGAUCAUAUCUCUGAAUGAUAUAAUCCAGUACUGGAACCCAGAGGAUGAUUCUGUAAUCAAGGAUCGUCUGGUUACCCGGGAUGGAAUCAUCUGCAAAUGUUGCAGUAAGGUGUUUACAGUUUCUGAGUUCAAGAUUCAUGCAGGAUUGAAGCUGAAUCAUCCCCUUUUGAAUCUAUUCAUUGAAUCUGCAUGGUCAGAUGAGUAUAAGACAAGAAGAAACGAGACUCUAAUACUGCAAGAUGAUGACAAUGAUCAAAAUGACGAUCAUGCGGAAUCUGUCGUGAUUGGGGUUUGUUGGCAGUACAAACUGCCCCUCGGCUUUUCAUCAGGCUUGCUUGUUUACUCAGAUCAUGAGGCAUGCCUGAACGGAGAGAGAAUCUACGAGCAAGCGGUUUCCAAUAGUUUUCUGGUAGAAGCUGUGUAGAGAUACUUUUGAUCAACCUUCCGAGUACAUUAAGUUUUGUGCAUUGGCAAGAGGCGUGCCCGCAUGGAGACAAAAUCUACGAGCAAGCGGUUUCCGAUAGUUUUCUGGUGGAAGCUGUGUAGAGGUGCUUCUGAUCGACCUUCUUAGUGUGUGAAGUUUUGUGCACUGACAUGAGGCAUGCCCAAAAGAAGAUAAAAUCUAUGAGCAAGCGGUUUCUGAUAGUUUUCUGGUGGAAGCUGUGUAGAGGUACUCUUGAUCGACCUUCCAAGUGCAUGAAGUUUUGUGCACUGACGUGAGGCGUGCCUGAAAGGAGUGAAAAUUUACGAUCCAGCAGUUCCGGAUACUGGAUUUUGUGUGCUAACAUGAGUCAUGCCUCAAAGGAGAGAAAUUUUACGAGCUAGUGGUAUUUUCUAUCAACCUUCCGAGUGCAUGAAGUUUUAGUGUCCUGACGAGGCAUGCUUGCACGGAGAGAAAAUCUACAAGCAAGCAAUUUCGGAUACCGGGUUUUGUGGUGGAAGCAGUCUAGAGGUACUUUUGAAUUUCGAUCAACCUUCCGACUCCAUAAAGAUUUGUGAGCUGAAGUUCUGUUGGAUGGGAAAACAAAGAUAUUGGACCCUUUUAGGAUAUGUUUCUUCUUCAAUUUUGCACUGCCAAGAAUGAGGAUUUGAAUCGCAUGUUUUCCAUUUUUAUGCGAUUUUCUUGUUUCGUUUUCUAGUUUGUUGGGAAAGCUGUUUUCUUUGCCCUAUUUUAUCCAUAUCAUGGAUGGUACAUUACAUUCUUAAUUGAACACUUGUAUUGAGUAAUGUUGAUUCCCUUGUUUUCUUGCAUA